AAACACAUGUUUUGAAUGCAUUUAAAGUUCACUUCCAUUUGCAGUCAAAUGAUGGACACAACCGAAGACACGAUGUCAUCGCCCGACAGGAAGGGCGUGAAGAGGCGUCGAGACGCCGAUCAGAGGAUUUUGGAUCAGUUUUGGGUGAUCUGCGACCCCAACCAACACAAGCGCAACAAGAGUCUCAAACUCAUCGUUGACAUACUGAUGAGGCAACAUGACACGAACGGCACCAAUGAUGUGAUGUAUUGCUUGGAACGGGUCAUCCGUGGUAUGGCUUCCGCGCGACAGUUCGCCAGACAUGGCUUUUGUGUCCUUUUGACUCAAUUGUUGGUGAUCUUCGAGGAGAGGAUUCCGCUGGAAAUGGUGUUUGAAUUGUCUGAAAGGCAUUUGCAGAAAAUCCAAGACGUGUCAAACCACGACUCAGUGAUCGGGUGGUCGCUAGUGAUGGCUUCGCUCAUCAAAAGCGGUCGCCUGAACGCCGGCACCGCCGAUGAGAUAUGGGAUAAGACUUUCGAAGUGUUGUAUUCGUUGGGAAUGAGUAAACAAUACAUUGAAUUAGUUGUUUGCGAUCUCUUCACGCAAUUCAUGCCAUUGAUGGACACGAAAGUCUUAUUCGACAAAAUCGUUUGGACGCGCCUUAAGACCGAUUUGAAGACAGAUAACAGAUUUAAGCCGUUCUUCAUCUUUGUUUGUCUCUUCAUUUCCGAUAGAUUUCCUAAAUAUUGCGAUAAAAAAGGAGAAAUUAAUUUCAUACUAAAGUCGGAAACUUUGCACAAACUAUCCCUGAUCAUUAAGGAAUCAACAGCUUAUCAGCCAUUAGUUCAUCCAAUGAACCGACAAAUUGUUAAACACUUUCUCAAUAAUAAGACUGACUUUUCAAAGUUCUGGAGUAAAUGUGUUGACGAUAUGCUCUUCACACCGAAUCAGAUCGAAAAAGGAUUCUUAGGCUUCGAGUUAAUUAAGAUAGUGUUGCCAUUGAUUACAUCGACUGAUGAUGUGUCAACAGUGCUGUCGCCAUCGUUUCUUCGUCUCUUCAUUCAGUCGCUGUCCGCGAAGACCCAUCCCCUCCACAGCGCUGCCCAACAAUUGUGCGAGUUUUUCACACAAUUCACUAAAAAUCUGGACAACUCGGAGCUGCAGUUGGAAAUUGUCAACAAUUUUACAAAACAGCCAGGUUCACUGCUGUUUGAUAUCAUUUCAAAGUCUAAGUUUUUUGGCAAUUUGUGUAAAACGCUCAAUAGUAAAUCAAUUGACGAAUGGACCCGGAAAUUGAAAUCGAUAUUCUUGUCGACAAAUAAAGUCGAUUCAAACGAUUUGUUUCGCAUUCGGUGUAUUCAACAGAUUUCAGACGUUUGUAAGUCUAUCGUAUCUGUUGACGACAUUGAGAUUUUGUGGUCAAACAUCAAAUUUCUAUUUAUUUACUCGUAUUUUGAUGUUAACGACGAUAACGAAUCCAAUGAAAUUAAAAAACCUGCCGUUCCUAUCAGUGAGAGUCUAAGGAAUAUAUUGAGAAACAGUUUUAGGAGUACUUUCAAUCACAUCACGCAUUUGGGCUCUAAAACAACGAAAGAAAAGUUGAUAACCGAAGUGCAGAUCAUGUCCUCAAUGCUUGAGUUCAUCAAUGAUUUGUUUGUCAACCAGAAUAUGACCACUUGUUUGACAGAUUCCAGAUUUUUAGAUCCCUUCCAACGGAUUGCGAAGGAAGUCUCGAAACUGAACAAAAGACUCAAAAAGCAUUCGGACAGAGAAAAUGAAAUCAGAAUUUUUAUUCUCUUGUAUUCCAUGGUUGCGAUCCAACUCUUCGAGGAAUACGAAGAGAUUGACGAUAUUCUUAAGGACGUAAGCGAAUGUAUGAGACGUGCGGUGGACGGCGAGUCUGAGGGGGCGGCUGAUGACGCGCCCCUUUGGGCGGACGUCUUAAUCGAUUUAAUACUCUCGUUGUUAACCAAGAACUCAAAGCUGACUAAAAACAUGUUGUUAUCGAGUUUUAAGCACAUUUGCGGUCACAUUACGAACGCCGGCGUUCAGUAUUUAGUCGAUGCUAUCAACCCGUCCAACGAUAACAAAUUGUUUGGCGGUAUAGAGGACUCGGAUGUGGACGACGAGGAAAUGGAUGCCGAAGAAGAGAGUGACAAAUCUGAGAGCGAAUCGGAGUCCGAGGACGAGGAGCCGACCGGCGAAGUGGACGAGAAUUUCCGCAACGAUGUGAUCAACGCGUUGGGAGCGGCCGCUGAGAACGACGACGACGAGGAAUCGGUUUACUUGAGUGACAGCGAAAUGUUUCAGUUCGACGACACUUUGGCCGCUGUUUUCAAAUCGAAAUACUCGGACAAAAAAGAGGCCAACGAGAAGCAAAACUCUAUCCUUAUGUUCAGAAUCAGAUGUCUGGAGUUACUGCAGAUAUACCUGAACUCCAAGUCCGUAAAUAUGGAUCAAAUUCUGCAGUUGAUUCAGCCGAUAGUGUCGGUGGCAAAGAGUCCGUUCCAGCCCUCCAAACAGAACCAAUUGGGCUCAAAGGCUAUCCAAUUGAUGGUUCAGAUCACCAAAAUUAAGGAUAAAACAGACGAUUCGCUUGAAGUGAAAGAUUUGAAGGAAGUGUUGGAGUUUUUAGUAACCAUUUUAAACAAAAGCAAUCACUUAGAGCUUCAGAAAGCGCUCAAUUCACUAUUUAUAUGGACUGAAAUUGGGUUUAAAUUAUGGGAUAUAUUCGUGGAGUAUUCGUUCAUUGAUGAGAUUCGUGCCUUUAAGAAGUCAUUAGCCAUUCAAGUGUUGUUGACUUUGUGUAGAACUCAGACCUCGAAGAAUAAAGCGAUUGAUUUAUCGGACAAUCAGUUGACUGAAGUCCGACAAAAGUGUUUGACUGUUGUAUGCAGUGAACUAAGCAAUGAGAAACUGAAAUCGCAAUACGUUAGCGAACUCUUACAACUGUACGACUUGUGCGACAAACUGCUAAAGGAUCGCAAUGUCGAGCAAAAGAUAUCGCGGACUGACGAACAAGAGUUGACUACAAAACUGAAGUCUCUGUCGAAGCAAAAGAGACGAAACUUGAAUUGCAAGCAAAUCGUCAAAAAGUUGGUGUCCUCUUGAAAAAUGUCUAACAUUUGAUUGUUUUGUAGUUUUUAAUUAUAAACAUUUAUAAAGUUUUAAUUAUAAAUAAAUUAUGAAAUC